AUGGUACUUGACAAAUCAUAUCGAUUGAGCGUACUGUUUUCAGGAGCUUAUUCCUCUAUGAAUCUCCCACACGACUUGAUCGAAGAGGAUGAAAAUCUAAUUAUCGGUUUUAGUGGCGAAGUUACAAAGGCAAUUGGAAAAGUGAAGAUACAUAUAACUGUGGCUGACAAAUCUGUUCUAGGCAAUUUCUUGCAGCUUGACUAUAGAGCUCCCUACAAUGCGAUCGUAGGACGAGACUGGCUGCAUGAGAUCGGUGCAGUCACAUCCUCAUACCAUCAGUGUCUGAAGUUUAUUACCCCUGAAGGAUUCAUGAAAGUUAGGAGUGACCAGAUGGCCGCCCAUAAGUGUCACAAGAAAUCAUAUAAGGGAGAGGACGUAGCUGAACCCCCAACAGUCGAGAAAUUGAUCGAGGUCCAGAUUGGAGAUGAGAAGUACAAAAAAACGUUUGUAGGGGCAGAUCUGCCUGCACACGAACGUGAUGCUUUGAUUACAUUACUAAGAGCAAACGCCGACGUUUUCGCAUGGAGUUUUGCUGAGAUGCCUGGGAUAGAUCCGAAUGUAGCCUGCCACAUGCUAAAUAUCGAUGAGAAGUUACAUCCAGUUCGUCAGAAAAUCAGGAAUAUGGUGCAAAGAAAGAAAGAUGGAGUUACUGCAGAAGUCGAAAAGCUGUUGGAAGCAGGCUUUAUUCGAACAGUGCAGUACCCUCGCUGGCUAUCUAAUGUCGUACCCGUUCCAAAGAAGAAUGGUAAAAUUCGUGUCUGUAUCGGUUUUACUGAUUUGAAUGAAGCAUGUCCGAGUGAUCCGUACCCGCUGCCACGGAUAAGAGAUUUGGAGGAUGCAACCUCAGGGUAUGGGAGACCGUCAUUCAUGGACGGUUUUUUGGGGUAUAACCAAAUACCUUUGUUCGAGGAAGAUCAAGAGAAUAUUGCGUUCAUGACUGAAAUAGGAGUUUACUGUUAUACUGUAAUGUCGUUCGGGCUAAAAAAUGCAUGGGCGACCUACCAGCAUUUGGUAUAA